UUGGCUGAAACGGGGCGGGGGGCGGGGCGUCGGGGCCGGGCGGAGCGUGCGCGGUGCGGAGCGGCUGGUGGCGAUGCCUCGCUGCGCCGGGCUCCUCUCCACCGCUGCCAGAGCCAGCCUGCUGCUGCUGCUGGGCUCCCUGCUCUUCUCCUGCCCCAGCCUGAGCCACAGAGCACCUGAGUUUGCCCUUACAAAAAUAGAAGAGAGCGACAUAAAAGAUGACAGUGGGAAGGAGCCGGUGACAGAGGAUGACGCUGAUCCUGAGGACCUGGAAGUGUUUUACCCCACGGAUCAGUGGCAAUCCCUGCGUCCAGGUCAGGCUGUUCCGGCAGGAUCACACGUGCGGCUGAACCUGGAGACGGGAGAGAGAGAAGCCAAGCUCCCAGAAAGAGAAAAUGGGGAAAGUGGAACAAAAGAAGAGAGAAGAAGGAAAAGGCUGGGCAAGGUCGAUGUCAAUGCAAAUUCAUUCACAUCCGAGGAGCUCAAAAAGGCCUUGGCUAAAAUGAAGGAAAGUGAGAAGGCAGAAAGGAAGGCCCGAGAGGAAGAGGUGAGGAAGAAGUUCCGGCCCAUAGAGCAGCUGAAGGAGGAGUUUGAAAAGCUGAACAUGAAGAUAGAAACAGAUUAUGAAAUUAUGGUUAAAUUAAUCAGCAAAUUCAACAGCUCUGCCUCCACGCUGGAUGAAAAAGUAGCGGCGCUUUAUGAUCUCGAAUAUUAUGUUCACCAGGUGGACAAUGCCAAGGAUUUCCUGUCCAUGGGCGGGCUCCGGCUGCUGAUCGAGGGGCUGAACAGCAGCGAGGCCUCGCUGAAGGAACACGCUGCCUUCGUCCUGGGAGCUGCCCUGUCCAGCAACCCCAAAGUGCAGAUCGAAGCCAUCGAGGGUGGUGCCCUGCAGAAGCUCCUGGUUAUCCUGGCCACAGAACAGCCCCUGGCUGUCAGGAAGAAGGCUCUCUUCGCUCUGUCCUCCAUGCUGAGGCACUUCCCCUAUGCCCAGCAGCAGUUCCUCAAGCUGGGCGGCCUCCAGGUGCUCAGGAGCCUCUUCAGGCAGAAGGGGAUGGAGCCCCUCCACGUCCGUGUGGUGACGCUGCUCUACGACCUCAUCAUGGAGAAGAUGCUGCUUGAGGACCCGCAGCACGGAGAGCAGAUGGAGGAGAAAAUCCAGCAGUACCGGCAGGUCAGGCUGGUGCCGGCGGUGGUGGAGCAGGGCUGGUGCUCCCUGGUGCCCAACCUGCUGGCCAUGCCCGAGCACGACACCCGAGAAAAGGUCCUCAAGCUGGUGGGGGUCCUGGUGGCCUUCUGCAGGGAGCACUACCGGGGGGACCCCGCGCUGGGCACCACCCUCAGCCUCCUGCGCAGCGAGUACGAGGAGCUGGCGGCCGAGGAGCAGAGGGAAGGGGACAAGGACGGCUACUUCAGGGAGCUCCUGGGCUCUAUAAACACCAUCAUCCAGGAGCUGAGGUGAAACUGUGGGUUCAGUCCAGUUCCAGGGAAUUUGGGGUGGCAGCAAGUUUGGAUGGCAGCGGUGUAGGUGCACUUUGGAAUAAACUGCUGGAUGAGACGAGAUCCCAGCACUGUGUGCCAAUAACUUGGUUAUUAAAGUACAUUGGGGCGUGGGGAAUGGCUUGUUUUCAUGGGAUACUGCUGGAAAAACAGGUGUACAGUGGAGGGAACAAGCUGAGGGCUCAGCUGGGGAAUUGGGGGUUUGCAGAAGGGGAACAAGCGGUGUUCCCAUGGGGGGCUGUGUUUGUGUCACCCCCAGGAGGGGAUGUUUGAAUCCCUGCACUCCCUCCAGGCCUGGCAGAGCCCAGCUGAUCCCUUCCAUCCCCCCAGUCCUUGCAGAGCUCUGCCACCACCAGGGAUGGGCACAAAUGCCACCAGAUCUCCCCUGUGACCCUGCAGCCACCAGGCUCAAAUAUUUGUGGCUCCCAUGUACAGUGUGUCACUUGUUGCUGUUAAGUAGCAGGGCUAAUUAUUGAUUCUCUUCUGAGCUUUCUCUUUUUGGGGUUUGUUCAGACUGUUUUUGCUGGCAUUAAUUUUAUGUUUUUUCCCUAUUUUUAUCUGA